UGGCGUUUCAACCCUGAUAACAAAAGCUGUCGACACUGUGUGGAGUUGGACUUGAGAUCUGUGAUUUUUAAAUGUGUAUGGUUAUAUUUGCGCCGAUUUUUGCCAUCUGUGCUUUUGCAACAUGUGGAGGAUACUAUGGUCGUCUCCAGGUUAAAGUGGACUGUGGAGGCAGGAGGCAGAGUAACCUCAGCAUCAACAUUGAUUUUGGCUAUCCUUUCAGAUUACAAGAUGUGCAUUUCAAGGCUCCCUUGUGUGAGGCAGAGAGGGAAGAGAUUAUUUUCCUGGAUGGCGACUUUUCCUCAGCUGCUCAGUUUUUCCUGACUGUGGGUGUUUUUGCUUUCCUGUACUCUCUGCUGGCAACCAUUGUCUAUGUCUUCUACCAGAACAACUACUUGAAGAACAACAGAGGCCCGCUUGUGGACUUUGUUGUUACAGCCGUCUUCUCCUUCAUGUGGCUGGUCAGUAGUUGCUGUUGGGCCAAAACUCUUUCUGAUAUCAAGACGGCCACAAACCCAACACAGGUGCUUCUGCUCAUAUCAGCCUGCAGAGCUCAGGAGAACAAAUGCACGGCCACCCAGGAGCCUCUCUGGUCACAACUUAAUACAUCUGCGGUUUUUGGUUUUGUAAACGUCGUCCUCUGGGUUGGAAAUAUUUGGUUUGUCUUCAAAGAGACAGGCUGGUACAAGACAGGUCAGAGAUAUCCAACCAGGAGUGCUUCUGGGAAACGUGCCAGUGAAAUGCGGCAGCGGCUCUACAGUGAGAGCAGCUUCGAGCAGCCGGAGGAGGGUUUUGGUCCACAACCCUCCAGACAAGACAGUUUCAAUCAGCAGAUCAACAGGCAAGUUAGCUUCAACCAGUCACAAGUAAGCUUGAGUUUACCGCACGCAUAUCUCGGCAAACCAGUAAUUUAGUGGCUUCUCAAGGGCCGAUGAUAUUUGUCAAUGAGAUGUGAUUUUGCUCUUGUAUAAUGCUCUACAUGGUGAACGAGAUGGGAAAAUUAUUUUUAAUUUAGAUUAAAUGAAAACACUGAUGGUAACUUUUUGGCAAAUGUGGUGUUCAUAACGUGAUUUAUUAAAUUCUAACUUUUUUUUCAAUUGAUGGACUUGGAGUUGGGCGAUUCCCCGAUGUCCAAGUUGUACCUGGAAAUGGAGAAACUGAGUGGUCAAAUAAAACAGUAAAAUAAUAAUAAUAAUAAUAAUAAUAAUAAUAAUAAUAAUAAUAAUAAUAAUAAUAAUAAUAAUAAUAAUAAUAAUAAUAAUAAUAAUAAUAAUAGGCAGAUGGAAUAUUUUUAGGAUUCAAAUAUAAUAAUUAUACUGGAUCAAUGAAAAUGAAAUAUUCACAUAACAUAAAAACAACGUAGUAGGCUGAUCUUCUUUCAGUAAAGGCCCUAACCCUAACCCUAAAAUAGACACUAUAAUAUAACUGCUAACUUUUGUUCAGACAGCUUUUUAUAACAUAUAGAUAGACUUAGAAUUUGCAUUUACUAUAAGUUUGGUGUAAUAAAAAUCCAUUAACUAUGUUAAAUAAAUGAUUUACUUCAGUGAAACAAAGUACUGUGGUAGCACUUGGUCUGCAGGUAUAUAUGACAAUAUGUUGUCUCCAAAACCCCAGAAAAUCAUUGCAUAAAAUGUCAAAGAAUAAAUGAACAAUGAUGUAGUUGUUUGCUUUUGUUUGGACUUAUGUGAUGUUG